UGUCCAGGUCCAAAUUAGGGAACUGGACGAGCUGGACGUUAUUAUCCCCUCAGUCAUUCUACAGUUAAACUACAUAAAUAAACAGCGUCAGUAUUAAUAGUAAUAAUGUCUGUAGACUCUGAACCGGGCGGUGUUUCUCUGCCUGUCUCAGGAAUACUGAUAGCAGUUAUAUCCAGCUUCAUCAACGGAUCCACGUUUGUGCUGCAGAAAAAGGGAAUAAUGCGCUCCAGAGACAGAGGAGUCUCGUACCUCACAGAUGUGGUGUGGUGGGGAGGAACACUGUCCAUGAUUGUUGGUCAAAUUGGGAACUUCCUGGCGUACAACAUGGCCCCCGCUGUGAUCGUGACGCCACUGGGAGCCCUCGGAGUGUUGUUUGGGGCUGUGCUGUCUUCGUGGAUCCUGAGGGAGCAUCUGAACCUCCUGGGGAAGCUGGGCUGUGUGUUGUGUUGCUGUGGCUCCGUCGUGCUCAUCAUUCACGCCCCUAAAGUCGAGGCUGUCACAUCUAGACUGGAGCUGGAGGACAGGCUGUCGGACCCAGUGUUUGUGCUGUACGCCCUCCUGGUGGUUGUGCUGCUGGCCAUACUGAUCGUGUGGGUCGCUCCCACUCACGGCUCAUCAAACAUCAUGGUGUACGUCGCCAUAUGUUCCCUCUUGGGAAGCUUCACCGUCCCCAGCAGUAAAGGACUCGGCCUGGUGGCGCCGGACGUGUUCGGAGGAGGUCCGCAGAGCAGCAGAGUUCUGGUUCUCUUCCUGGUCUUACUGGGAACGCUGGCCGUCAGCAUCCUCAUCCAGUUCUUCUACAUCAACAAGGCCCUGGAGAGCUUCAGCUCCAACGUGUUCGAAGCCGUCUACUACGUGACCUUCACAUCCACGGUGAUCGUUGCCUCUGCUCUUCUCUUCAGGGAGUGGACGGCGCUGACUCUAACCGACAGCCUCGCCAUGCUCUGUGGUCUGACCACGGUAUGCGUCGGGGUCGUUUUACUACGCAUUUCCCAAGACGCUUUGAUUACGUGGAAGAAGAAGACAGACUGAGAUGCCUUCACAUUUACACGACUCCUGUGCCAUACCGACUGUCUUAUAGCACCGUCUCUGCUUGAUUUGUUUAAAUGACCAAAUAAUGUAUUCGUUAGAGCCAUUUGUUCAGUAGAAAUAUCUGUGGUUAAUUUACAUUUUGUUUUAUUUGCUUGAGAUAAAUAACCCUGUAGUUUCACUGUGGUGUGCUCAAUAAGGACCAAUUGUGACUGCAGCCAGUCCUGUAUUCUGAUUGGGCGAAAGCUAAAUUGUGCUGCAUGUGCUCGUUAAACGAUUCAGUUGAAGCUAUGGAGCCUGGAGAGCACACUAGUCUUUGACCGUGCUUAAUAUACCGUGCUUAAUAUUACUGUUCUUACCUUUUUACUGCUUAUGUUUUUGAUAUUUUGUUACCAUUUUUGUAUUUGAAGACUAAAGAAAGAUUUUCAGUAAACGGUUGAAAUGAA